UAUAAUGAAAUGAACAAGAUAAUCGAAUAGCAAUGGAUAUUCCAGGCAAGGAGUCAAGUCGUUUAUUAAAAACACUUAGGAUCUUCGAGCCGGGUGAUGCGUGCAGUUCUACCUUGGCACGCCGUCCGCAAGAUAUUACAUCAGUUAAGGAAUCUCAAAGUGGACAAUACGGCAAUAGCAGUAAUGUAAGUCGGUCCUACAUCGCUGCACUUAGAGCAGAGGAGAAUCGUAUAAUGGAUUCAACUUACGGCAAAAUUCUACCUAAAUGUUCUACUAACACGUACGUGAAUAGUAAAUUAGAAGGCGUGGAAUCCGAUCCGAAAAGAAACGUCGAAGCUGCGGUCGAAAGUGAAACACCAUCCGUUUACGGUAAAGUAGAAAAGAGUAACGUGAAGAAGUCAAGCGUGGAUAAUGUCGUUCGACCCCUUAAUCGCUACGGAGGCGUUCAACUCACAUGUGCUGCUAUUGCCCGUGAUGGUAUGGCUAGAAUCGCCAGUGGCAGAUCUAGAACCGGUGAAUCGCUAUCGAAGAACCUAACUAAUUACGUCCCACGCGCCUAUAAAGAUCCAAAUCAAGAAUCACAUCCUAUCUACGAAAACUUGCAACCCAAACCACCUUUACCUAAUCCUAUUCGUUCCGUCAAGAGUACUAUACAUACAUACGCUGCACCGGCAUAUAAUGGACAAUCGCCAAGAAAUCCCGACGACGAUCCAAUUUACGCCAAUUUAAGCGAUUUAAGUGAAGAAUUGCAAGCGAUGAAGCUACCGGAGAAAGAUAAUACUGUGAUAAAAUGUUCUGAAUUAAAUUCCGAAGUUUCUACCGCUAAGCCGCAAAACGAGAAAGUCUUUCCUAAUGUGGCGAACGGUGAUAUCGGUACCAACAUUCCACUUACUGUGACAAAUGGCACAGAUUCUUUCAAUCAGGUUCCUAUAAAAAAAGAUGAGGCGGAUGAAGAUGCGUUAAAGAUCGCGGGUCAGCUGGAUGAUAAAAGUUCUAACCACAGUUCGGAAUUUGUUGGAUCCGUCAAUCAUUACAAACCAUCUAUGGCAGGUGGAAAGACUCUUUUCCCUUACAGCGUUACUCCACCUCGUCCUAAAGGACCCACCGAAGCAGAAAAGAAAAUUGAAGCUUUGAUGAAACAGUUGGAAGAUGAGAUGGAUACUGUCCCCGAAGAGGAAUUCUUCGGUAUUUGCCAUACCUGUGGUGAAAAAGUAACAGGAACAGGACAAGCAUGCCAAGCAAUGGGAAAUCUGUAUCAUACAAAUUGUUUUAUAUGUUGUUCUUGUGGGAGAACAUUACGAGGGAAAGCUUUUUAUAAUGUGAAUGGCCAGAUAUAUUGUGAAGAAGAUUAUCUUUAUUCUGGUUUUCAACAAACUGCUGAAAAAUGUGCUGCUUGUGGUCACUUGAUCAUGGAAAUGAUAUUACAAGCAAUGGGUAAAUCAUACCAUCCAGGUUGCUUUCGCUGUUGCAUGUGCAAUGAAUGUCUUGAUGGUGUACCUUUCACAAUUGACAUGGAUAAUAAAGUUUAUUGUGUCAAUGAUUAUCACAAGAUGUUUGCUCCAAAAUGUGCUGCUUGUGGAAAAGCAAUAACUCCUGUAGAAGGAACUGAUGAAACAGUUCGUGUAGUAUCAAUGGACAAAGACUUUCAUAUUGACUGUUAUGUUUGUGAGGAUUGUGGUAUGCAGUUAACAGAUGAGCCAGACAAACGCUGCUAUCCUCUAGAAAAUCAUUUGCUGUGUCGAGAUUGUCAUCUUAGAAGAUUAGAAAUGCAGGGUCAGAGUCCCACGAUGCAAACAUUACCAAGAAUGCCGUGUUAGUGAUUAUUAAAAACAAAAAUCGCGUCAUGAAUGAAUGAUUAUUUUGCAGGGUGACUGACUGGUUGAUGUAUGAAAAGAUUUUGUUUUGUUUUUACUUAUUAUAAAAUCUAUAUCUUGUAAGAAUUAUGUGAUAAGUCAAUAUUUUCCCAUAAUAUUUAAUUUAAUGUGCCAUAGAAAAACUUAGAAUCAAGUUUUAGUUUUCUUGGAUGUCAUUAUACUGGUGAGUCAUUGUAUAUAUACAGUAACAUAUUUUAUAGCAAAAUAAAAUUUGAAUGAGAAAUGUAUUAAUAUAUCUAAUGUCCAAUACAAAACAAAGUUACCAUUGCACAAGUACUUCAAAUUGAUUUAUAAUUUUUCAUAGAGCCGUAAUUAAAUUUCUUUAUUAAUUAGCAUAAUAAAUAUAUUUUGUUAAAUAAAUUUUUCUUAUAUAUACAUAUUUAUAAUUAAAUUUUUAUAUUAUGCUAUACAUAUUUAGAUAUAAAAUAUUUUAAAUCUCUUAUUUGCAAGAUCUGUUGAAUGUUAUUUUUCAAAUUAGAUGCCAAAUCUUGUUCAAAAGUGCCAAUAAAAAAAAUAUAUAUAUAUAUAAUUCCUUUUAAUUAAAAAAAUGAAUAUAUAAUUAUUUUAAAUGUGCAAUUUUUACGUGUAGUCAAUCUAAAAUAAUUAGUGACAUUGUAAUUUUUAUUGCUGGAUUUUGUACUUAGAUAAAGCAAUGUCAAUCUAGAGAUACGUGGUGUAAAACGUAACAAAAUUUAAGUUAUAAAUCUAAUAAUUUUUGCGCAAUUAUUUAUUGGUUGCUCACAAUAUUAUACGUCUCAAUUAGGGCCAUCUUAAGAGAUUUAAAUGAAAUAAUAAUAGAUCUCAUUGUAGUGCAAUUUAUUGACUUUUGUAUAUCCACUAUGAUCAUAGAAGUAAUUCCCAUUUGUAUACUUCAUCUCAGUCUCUCUGAAGAUUAAUAUUGGCCCUAUCCACCAAUUUAUUUUGUAGUUUUAUACA